UUUUUAAUAUGAUUUUAUUUUUAUGACGUUUUUUAUGUUAUUAAAGUAGGAUAAAGAGAUGGGAGAUGGACGCAGAAUGGAAGAAGAGUCUUGUAUGGUAACCAGAGGGCGGUGGCAUUUCUCUCUCUCUGCGUAAACGGAGUGGAGCAGGAGAGAGCGCACGGAGAGAAAAGCACAGCUUAGUGGCGAGGCAGCAGUGCCGCUGACACGAGUGAAGGGACCCCGUGGUUAUUCCCACCACCUCUGUCUUCUCACAGCUUAACCUGCGCCUUUUGAGACGGACUUGGACAUCGGGACUAGAGGCGAUACACCUACCUUUUGGUUUUUGAACUCGUUUGAUUAAUCAACGGACCCUGUGGAGGAGAAGGAGGAGGGGGUUCUCAUUUCCCCCACCGUGGACCGAGGAGUUUUGUGUGUUAAUGCGUUUUACGCGUUGCUUGUAAUGGGCAAAAGUGGACAGAGAAGUGGAAUAGGACGCGGGGUUUGCAGCUUGGUGAGGAUGUGCACCAUGUCGGGGAUCCUGGUUCUCCUAGUGCUCGUACACCGAGGAGUCGCCCAAGUGAGAGAUGAUGACGAUUUCCUGAGUCUGAGCGAACUCCCGGAAACCUUUCCAUCUGACCCUCCGGAGCCUUUACCCCAUUUCCUGUUUGAACCUGAGGAAGGCUACAUUGUAAAGAAUAAACCUGUCAAUCUCUACUGCAAAGCAACGCCUGCCACGCAGAUUUACUUCAAGUGCAACAGUGAGUGGGUCCAUCAGAAAGACCACACUGUGGAAGAGAGGGUGGACGAAAACUCAGGUCUGGUGGUAAGAGAAGCCAGUAUAGAAAUUACACGACAGCAGGUUGAGGAGCUGUUUGGUCCUGAAGAUUACUGGUGUCAGUGCGUGGCCUGGAGCUCUGCUGGAACUACCAAAAGCCGCAAGGCACAUGUUCGCAUUGCAUACCUGAAGAAGUCGUUCGAACAGGAACCCCUGGGGAAGGAAGUAUCUCUGGAGCAGGAAGUGCUGUUACAGUGUCGUCCUCCAGAGGGCAUUCCAGCUGCUGAGGUGGAGUGGUUGAAGAACGAAGAGAUAAUUGACCCGGCAGAGGACAGGAACUUCUACAUCACCAUCGACCACAACCUGAUCAUCAAACAGGCGCGUCUCUCCGACACCGCCAACUACACAUGUGUGGCUAAAAACAUAGUGGCCAAAAGACGAAGCACGACAGCGACUGUUAUUGUUUACGUGAACGGUGGUUGGUCCACAUGGACAGAGUGGUCGGUGUGUAACAGUCGUUGUGGACGUGGCUUCCAGAAACGAACCCGCAGCUGCACUAACCCCGCUCCUCUCAAUGGAGGACUGCCUUGUGAUGGACAGGCCAUACAGAAACUGCCUUGUACCACACUGUGCACUGUGGAUGGAGUGUGGACAGACUGGAGUAAGUGGUCGGCCUGUGGGACUGAGUGUACCCAGUGGAGGAGGAGGGAGUGCAACAACCCAGCACCUAAAAAUGGAGGAAAGGACUGUGAUGGGUUGGUUCUUCAGUCUCAAAACUGUACAGACGGACUCUGUAUGCAAAGUUCAAUUUUUCAGAUGUCCACUGAGCCCAAAGAAAAGAGUGAUUUGGGAAUCCCAUCUGCUCCAAGCACAGAUGAUGUGGCGCUGUACGUGGGCAUCGUCAUCGCAGUGAUUAUGUGCCUGGUCAUCUCUGUCAUCGUGGCGCUCUUUGUCUACCGCAAGACACAUCGUGACUUUGACUCGGACAUCAUCGACACCUCGGCACUAAAUGGAGGCUUCCAGUCUGUUAAUAUCAAAACAGCCAGAUCAGCUGAUCUACUGACAGCUCCUCCUGACUUGACAAAUGCAGCUGCCAUGUAUCGCGGCCCGGUGUAUGCCCUCCACGAUGUUUCAGAUAAAAUCCCGAUGACUAACUCGCCUCUCCUGGAUCCUCUUCCCAACUUGAAGAUCAAAGUCUACAACUCGUCUGGUCUGGUCACACCACAGGAUGACCUCGGGGGAGACUUCACAUCCAAACUGUCUCCUAAGGUAACUCAGUCUCUGUUGGAUAACAGCGACACCAUGAACCUUCGCAAUCAGAGCUUGGCCCGAACACGGGACCCUUCCUGUACUGCUCACGGAUCUUUCAACAACCAGGGAGGUCACCUCAUUGUACCUAACUCAGGCGUGAGUUUGUUGGUUCCAGCGGGUGCUGUUCCGCAGGGUCGGGUGUAUGAGAUGUAUGUGACUGUGCACAGGAAGGACAGCUUGAGACCCCCGGUAGAGGACAUCCAGACGGUGCUGAGCCCAGUGGUGAGUUGUGGACCUCCAGGAGCCUUACUGACCAGACCAGUGAUCCUCACCAUCCACCACUGUGCUGACAAUGUCCAGGAAGACUGGCUCAUACAACUGAAGAACCAACUGGCAAUGGGAGAGUGGGAGGAUGUGGUAGUAGUCGGAGAGGAAAACUUCACCACCCCCUGCUAUGUGCAGAUGGACUUGGAGGCAUGUCACAUCUUAACAGAGACACUAGGGACUUACUGCCUGGUGGGCCAGUCAGUCUGCAAGGCAGCUGCCAAGAGGCUCAAACUGGCUGUUUUUGGACCCGUCUCAUGCACAACUUUGGACUAUCACAUCAGGGUCUAUUGUCUGGACGACACACAGGAUGCACUCAAGGAGGUUCUUCAGAUGGAGACCCAGAUGGGAGGAAAGCUUCUGGAUGAGCCAAAGACUCUGAACUUUAAAGACAGCACACACAAUCUGAGACUGUCAAUCCACGACGUGCCGCACACACACUGGAAGAGCAAACUCAUUGCAAAGUAUCAGGAGAUUCCGUUCUACCAGGUGUGGAGUGGCAGUCAGAGAACUCUUCACUGCACCUUCACCCUGGAGAGAUUGAGCUCAGCCACCACAGAGAUCAGCUGCAAACUGUGUGUGCGGCAGGUGGAAGGAGAAGGACAGAUCUUUCAGCUCAGCAACACACUGGAGGAGGAGCUCCAGUGCAUAGACACGUCCCUGAUGGAUCCUGCCAGUAAUAUCACAACCUUAGUGGGCCCCAAUGCUUUCCGUAUUCCUUUGUCCAUCAGACAGAAGCUGUGUGGCAGUCUAGAUGCACCACAGACCAGAGGCAAUGACUGGAGGAUGCUGGCCCACAAACUCAACCUUGACAGGUACCUGAACUACUUUGCCACCAAGUCCAGUCCGACAGGUGUGAUCCUGGAUCUCUGGGAGGCCCAGCACUUCCCUGAUGGAGACCUAAAUGAACUGGCAGCUGUGCUGGAAGAGAUGGGUCGCCAUGACAGUAACUUCGCCUCCAUGACAACGGAACACUGACGAUGCAACAUUGGUUACCAUGACAAUGGCAGAACUCUGGAGACGAUUACAUGUGAAUUCUCUACGGUUGAUACUGCAGCGAGGGCAAUGAACGAAUUAGAUGCGAGCAAAAGAAAAGUUGUCACCAUGGUGAUUGAGCAACGGUUAAAUACCAGGGUAAUCAUGCCUACGUGAUAACAGAGAGAGCGCUCGAGCUGGUGCUGGAACUAUGUGUGUAUCUUCGUGUGUUUAUUUGAGUAACAUGGCUGUGUCAUCUGUGACCGAAGGAGAGAUAACCACACCUUUACACACAAACAGAGUCUAUAUCAGGAACAAACAAUACAUACACACCCACACACGCCUAAAAAGAAGAGAGAGAGAAAAAAAAAGACCUUGUCUGGUGUAACACUAGUUGUUCUCUUGCUGUUACUUUAUACUGAACAAAGAGACGCAGAGAAAAGAAAAAAAAGAAGCAACAGAGGUACUGACCUUGAAAACCUCUAUAGGAAUGGAACUGAAUCAUAAAGGGAGUGAAGCUAAACUGAUUACAAAAGAGUGGGAGAAGGUUGAGUGAGGAAAAAGACAGAGUGAGUUAGAGACAGGACUCUUUAGUGAGACAAGAGUAAACACAGGGAUAAGCUAAACUGAUUACAAAAGGGAGGGAGGACAUAAACUUAAAAUAAUGGAAUAAGCCGCAGGUGAUCAUCUGUAAGAACAGGAUGGAAAACAGAUAAUGACAGAGGGGAGGUUAAGACAUGAUCCCACUCUUCUCUUCUCUUCUCUUGUGAGCCUUGGCUGUACGUGUUUGCCAGUACAGUUUGUCGUCUUUAUAUCGUUUCCUAGGGAACGCUCUAUGUAUUCUGCUGUCCAUAUGUGUGGAUCAUUUCCUGCUAACAGAAUUUGCUACACGGUGACUGUCAAUCAAGGAUCCUGACCAGAAACAAGCCCGAGACAACAGGUUUCCCUCUUUGUUUAAAUUUGUGUUAUAUCAUGUAUUGAGUUAUGUGGCUUACCUCCAGAUUGCAGGAGGAUUUAAAGUCAUCCAGUUCACAGGAAAUCUCUUAAAAACUCAAAAGUCAAAGGCAGCUGAACUUGCUGUCAACUUGCCUUUAACUUGUGCCUCUAAUGUUCUUAAAGAAGCCAAUCCAAAGAUGAUUGCAGUCUUGAUAGAUGCACGUAAAACCUGUGGCAUGGUGACAGACUUGUGAAAUUGUCUGUUUUGAGGUAUAUUUAAGAUUGCACUUAUGAUAAACAGAUAAACAAGGCAAAGAUGCAGACUUGCAGAAUGAAGUUUAUCAUUCUCGUGCACGGUGGAUAAUAGGUUUGUUGUUUGACAAUAAGGUCGACUGUUCUUAAUUUUGUAUUUGUAUAUGUUGUUGUUCAGAAACAACUUUGCAAAAACAGCAAAAAUUGUUUUGCAUUGAAAUAACGAUCGUCUAGCUAAAAAUGGAUCUCAUACUCAAAUCAAGUGUUAACAUGCUGUCUGCAGUAAUUAUACUGCUCUGUUUCUCCCCAAAGAGGAGUUGUUUGGUCAUGCAGGGAGGGGAACUCCAGCCAUGGCUACCACAUUUGGUUAACCACAAUGACAGUCUCUCGGACAGACAGCCAGGGCUUGUUUCUGGACAGGGUCCAACUCAGAGAAUGGAGGGAGGAAACAAAAAUGGAUGAACAAGAAGUUUUUUUUUUUGUUUUUUUUUUUAAAUACAGUAAUAUACAAAGUAACAUAGUAUUAUGUGAUAGUGAGUUAAAUACAGCUGAUAUCAUGCAUUACCGCUAAAUGUAUCCAAUAUACAGAUUUUAUCAAUCAUAUUUUCAUUUACUAAAAUAUAUAUAGUCUACAAAUAUAUAUAAAUAUAUAUAUAUAUUUCUUUCAUAUUUUCGUUGUCCCUUCAUCACAGUAUGUUAGAUGUGUUAUCUGCCAUCACGCCACAUGUGAUUUCAAUGAUCACCAGCAUAACUUUGCUGGUCACUAGCACCAUCCAGUGGCAUUUAAAGAAUAACAGCAUUUAUGUUUUUUUUGUUUUUUUUUGAUCAUCUGAAACAUGUAAAUACAUGAUUAUCAUGUUCAUUCUAAUGACCUUAUAUUAGCAUACAAUUUUUUGUUUUGUUUUGUGUUAUUUGCUUUAACAUUUUUUAUGUUUUUAGGGGAUGGGAUAAAAUCUGUAACAUAUCAGUUAGUUGCUCUUUAUCUAACAAUGUUCUGUCUGCAACUAACAUUCCAGCUCAUGGUGUAUUUGUUGAAAAAGUUGUGAUUUAGAGCUAAAAAUCAAGAUAACAACUAAAAAGGGGCUCAUGUAAAAUUCAGUGUAAUAUAUUUGUGUUUCGCAGAACAUUGUGCACCACGGCUGGCUUUCAAAAUGUAUGCAUUGUCUCAGGUCAACAGUGUCUGAUGAAAAAGGUGCAUCUCCAACAAGCCAGCUUCAAGGAAAGACAAACGGACUAAUUUUUUAGCAGCUUUUGAAUAGUUGUCAGAUGCCCCAGGGGACAAGAACUCUAUUCACCAUGUACAGGACAAGAGGAACAUUCAGUUCAAAGGAAGUACAUGUAAAAUAUUCAAAAACUGGAGAUAUUUCUGCUCUGAACUAUGGAGAGACGCCAUAUGAAACUGAAGAUCAGAUACGUAGUGGGGAUUCUGAGGAGAGAAACCCAAGUAGGCUGACAUACAAAGGCUGAGUUAACACCAGUACAAAAGGUCAGAUUUUUACCUCUUCAUGACAGAUUUCAUCUUGUGGUUGUCCACGCAGGAGGAAACCUUGACACAUUGAUUUUUCACAUUGAUUUUUCUUUCUUUGUUCAGUCGGUCAGGAAUAUGGCAGUUAAAAAUCCAACCUUGUAUCGAUGUCAAGACAGACAUAGUGGACGCGGAGGCCUCAAAAUGAUGUGUAUUUUAAUUACAGACAGCCUUAUUAAACAAAUAUAGAAAAGGUGUAUGGUUAAAGAGUGGAUGUUUUGUAUGUUUUCAAAUGUGAUGUCAGAAGUGAGGAAAUCAAAGGGAAGUGUACAUUUUGAGGAUAAAAGCCUAAAAACAUUGUCAUCAAUUCAGUUUGUUUCAGAACUAAAUAUGAUCCCAAAAGUCAUGACAAUGUCUCUCUCAUACAACGAUCAUUAUCAACAUCUUAAUAACUCAAAUGCAGAAUACAAGGUCAAAUUCUGACUGGUGGAGUGUGUGUAUGGAAACAAACUGUUUAGACAUGCAAGUUACCAGUAACUUCACACCCAAAAUUUGAUCCAUGCCAGGUUCUCAGUCUACAGUUUACCAGCAGGACAGACUGUUUGUUAAUGGAGUAGACUGAAAAGGAGUUUUCAUUCGAGGAGAGCAAAUGCAGGCCUCCCAAAGGUGAUCCUUCGUGAUGUGAAAAUGAAGAAAGUAGUGUUAAGAUAACAAAGUAUGUAAAAAUAUUUUCUAUUCACAGUAUGUACAGUUGUGUACUGUCAGCUAUAUUUGGCAAAUUUGAGAACAUAAAAAAAGAGCAGUACAGUUAGAUACUAGUUUGUAUGUUUCAAGUUUUUUUUUAAAAACAAAUAUUAUUUAAGUUUCUUUAAUUUUUUGUAAAAGCAGUGUCUACUAUGCAAACUUGGCAUUGGUUAUCAUGAUAGAAGUCUAUAACUAGAGCUGUGCUUGUAAGUGCAUUUUUAUUUUACUAUCAGGGGUGAUUUGAUUUGAUUAGUGUGGGGUAGUGUUGGUCCAUUUUAGCUAAUUCUGGCACGCUUCAUGAAUCUUGCUCAAUCUCGCUGAAUGCUCGCCUCUCUAUCUCCUCUAAUUGUUUUCUGUACAAAGUGUAAGAAAGAAUUUUUAAGACAAUUAAUAAAUUAUAUUUAUAAGCAA